AUGUCAUUCCCAGACGAAUAUCUGCUAUUUCGCGCAGAAGGAAAGAUUUGGAAUGGACCCGAUGGGGCGCAAGUGAGUCCCGAUUGCCCAUUUGUGGUCAGGCAGGUGGCGGAGCUGAAGAACAAAUCGUUCGAACAAGUGCGGCACGCGGUACUCAAGAAUUUUCAGCUCAACGAAGCCACACAUGAACUCACUUUGCAGCACAUCCUGUAUGUGAGGACCGAUCCUUCCGCUCCUCCAUACAAUCUGCUGAUUGACAUAGUAGGCGAGGAAUCAUGGAGGGCGUUUUUCAAGGUGGCAUGCCGCCAUGUCCGCUCCUUCAAGCUCUUCGCCAAAUGGACCGUCAAGAAGACAAGCUCUGCCUCCAAUGCGACUGACAGCAAUAUCACAACAGCUCUAGACGAAGAUCCCGCCGUAACGGAUGAAUCCGAUGAUGGGAGCUGGCCGGCUUGCAAGCACGAUAAGCCAUGCACCAUUGAAACUUCGUGGGACCGACAAGACCCGGGGCGAAGGUUCUACCGCUGCCCCUUCUUCGCUAAUCCUAAAGAAGACUGCAAAUUCACCAAAUGGUUGGACAAGAAGUUUCCUGAGAAGGCAAACGAACUCAUAAACAAAUACCAGGACACGGUUGAUUCACUCCAACAGCAAGUCGACAACCUCAAGUGUGAGCUUGAGGAACUCCGUCGCCGUCAUCGGAAAAGAUCCGCCGAAGAAGUUGUUGUCAUUCAUGGAGACAAGUGCCCCUGUGGCAAGAGCCUGUGCGACCUAACUUGUCGCGGCCGGGAGAAACAGACACGCCCAAGCCAAACACCAAGAUUGGCCAGGGACAAUUAGUCGCCAAUAUGCAGAGUGGUUUGUAGAGCUGUUUUGAUGAUGACGUGAUGGCUGGUUUUGCCCAGUUAGCACAAAAUUUGAAAAGAAACAGAUUUUUUGUGUAAAUUAAAAAUCAGAACAUUAACAAGGAAAUUCAAGAGAAUUUGAAUAUUGAAGAAAAAAAAGGAAAAUGGCAUGAAAAUUAGAAAAACCUGGAGCAUUAUAGAAGUGGUAUUGAAAAUCUAAUAGUAGUAUACGAUGGAAAAAAGUAAAAAGAAA